AGCACCGCCCCCGCCAGUCCCGCCGAUCCCCUCGUCCGCACUCGCGACCCCAGGGGCCAAGCGUGCCACCCUGCGCUCUCCGCCAACGGGCUACUCGCAGGUGCACAUCCCGGACAUCGAUCACUCAUCGCCGCUGGCGCCCACCUCCCAGCCAAAACGCACUAGCUCCCCAUUCUCGUCGAGCUCGGUCACGUCGUAACGCCGCGACAUCCGUCUGACGCUGGACUACGUUUGUCUAUGCCGCUCGUCGCGGGCGCUGUAUGUAUCUCUAUCAGCCGCAGUGUCGUCGCAGCCGCCACCCUCCUCACACGUCGCCAUUCGUCGCCAGCGAUCCUGCCGCCGUGCAUUCGUGGUCACGCCGAGAGUCGCCGCCUUAUCGCCAUCGUCACCCGGGCUCACUGCAUCGUCAUGCUCGAGCUGACAGGGGCAGUACCUCCACUCGGACUAGCACGUCGACUGUGAGCUUCUGCCCGCCGGAUGCUGGGGAGGGACUACCACGACGCUGCGUCGGCUCGCGCCCCGUGUACAGUAAACCCUGUGUAACUCCUGAAAAGUGCCCCUUUCUGCGCCCUUCUGUCGGGCACUCUCACGCCUUCUCCCUUUCGCCUACUUUAGAUCCCACUUUCUACUCUGGUCCCGCACCGCAUCCGUACUUCCUUAUCACAUCCGCGGGUCACUUUGUCGUCUUUUGGUUUCCCGUGCGCGAUGUUCCGUCCACGUUCCUUCAUGUGCAUACUCUCCUACUCCUCCCGCUCUGCUAUCCGCCCUGCUCUCCGCUCGCACCGUAUGUUCUGCUAAUCACCUGGUCCCUGUUACACAUCAUCGCUCCUUUCGCUUCGCUGUCUUUCUGGUCACAAGGGCAUCCAUAUCGGUAUUUAUGGACUGAACUCUCUUUGGUUGUUACUUUCGUAGGUUAGACUCGGCGGGUGCUGUAGUACUGUGCGUUGUGACAGUACGCAGUCGUCCUCCUAAUCGUCGUCAUGUGUAGCAUACGUUGUACCAAGUAUGGUCGCAAUGUACUUACUCUGAUACAUUACCCUCGCAUAGUGA